UUUUUGACCUUCCAGGCUGCCCCGCAGUCUUCGCAGUCUUAUAAGUUUCCGUAGCCAGCGGCUCUCCUCCUCUCUCCACAGCCUAAAAAUGCCAAAGCCGUGGUUUCCAAGUGACCACGUUCUCCUUUUCGCCGUCUCCCGGCUUCUCACUUCCCUCUUCUCCUUUCCGCCGUCUCCCACACUCUCAUGCGAUGAAACCCCCUAUCGUCGUCUCCAAUGGUGAGAGCUCUCCUCCUCUUCUCCCCCUUCGCUUUCCUCCACAAAACCGCAAACCCCCUUCUCCUCUCCUCCCUCGCCCACUCCCCGGAGCCCGACCCCUCCCUCAUCGUCGCCGAGGCCCACCGGAUCCUCGCCGCCCCCCGGUGGCGCGAUAGCCCUGAGCUCGCCCGCCUCCUUCCUGCCCACGUCGCCGAGGUCCUCGGCUCCCACCGUGACCCCCGCCGCGCCCUCCAGUUGUUCCGCUGGUUCUCUCAGAAGCAUUCCCACAAACAUAGCCUCGACUGCUUCUUCGCCCUCCUCAACCGCCUCAUCGCCGCCCGCAUGUUCCGGCCCGCCAACCGUGUCGGCGUCCAGAUGGUCAGAUCGUGCCAGACCAAGGAAGAGAUGAUCCGGGCGAUAGAUUUCUUGAAUGGAAAGCGCUUCAGGUUUGACCUUUUUGGUUACAACGCGCUCUUGAUCCAGCUGGGCAAGCUCAACAUGGUCGGCGUCGCUCUAAUUCUUUAUCACCAUAUUCUGGGCAGUGGUGUGGAGCCAAAUCUUUUGACUUUCAAUACUGUAAUCAAUAUCCUGUGCAAGAAUGGGAAGGUCAAGGAGGCUGGAUUGGUUUUGAGUAGGAUUUUGCAGUGUGAUCUGAAGCCUGAUACAUUUAUGUAUACGUCGCUAAUUCUAGGUCAUUGCAGGAAUCAAGAUCUUGAUUCAGCCUUCCGAGUGUUUGAUUGGAUGGUUAAGGAAGGAUGCGAGCCAAACUCGGCCACAUACUCCACUUUGAUCAAUGGGUUGUGUGAUGAGGAAAGGGUGGACGAGGCACUGGGAUUGAUGAGAGAGAUGGUGGAGAGAGGUGUUGAGCCGACAGUGCAUACGUACACUGUCCCAAUUGUGGAGCUUUGCAGCUGGGGACGGAUAAGUGAGGCCCGUAAUUUGCUUGUUGACAUGAGGAAGAGGGGAUGCCCGCUGAAUGUUCGGACAUAUACUGCACUUAUCAGUGGCCUGUGUCGAUUGGAUGGGCUUGAGAUAGCGAUCGGGUUGUUUCACAAGAUGGUUAGAGAUGGUUUGGUGCCAAAUACUGUGACAUAUAAUGCAUUGAUCAAUGGGUUGUGUGAUGAAGGAAGAAUUGGAGCUGCUCUAAAGCUUUUUGAGGUGAUGGGGAGGCGUGGUUUCCUGCCAAAUCCGCAAACUUAUAAUGAGAUGAUAAGAGGGUUUUGUUUGAUAGGUCGUGUGGAGAAGGCAAUGGUUCUCUUCCAUAGGAUGCUGACUGUAGGUCCUUCACCAAAUCGGGUGACUUAUAACACCAUCAUAGAUGGUUAUUGUAAAACUGGUAAUCUUAGCAAUGCCAUUCGGAUGGUUGAUCUUAUGAAAGACAAUGGGUGCGAGCCUGAUGAAUGGACUUACACUGAGCUGGUUUGUGGGUUUUGCAAAGGGGGAAAGCUGGAUUUGGCACACACAGCAUUUGUAGAAAUGGUGGAACAUGGCUUGAGCCCUAACGAGGUUACAUACACGGCACUAAUAGAUGGGUGUUGCAAGGAUGGGAGGCUUGAUAGUGCAUUGGCCUUAUUAGACAGGAUGGAGAAAACUGGUUGCAAGCCAAACGUGCAGACUUACAAUGCUGUAAUUAACGGCUAUUCCAAGAAAAAUCUGUUUUCAGAAGCAGAGAAGCUAUGUAGUGAGAUGGUGGAACAAGAUUUGUUACCCAACGUUGUUACUUACACUGCAUUGAUUGAUGGGUUGUGUAAGAACAAUGCCACUUCACUUGCACUUAAGAUCAUGGAUGAGAUGGUAAAGAGAAACUGCUUGCCCAAUCUCCACACCUAUAGUGCUCUUAUUCAUGGGUUGUGCCAAGAAGGCAAGGCUGAGGAGGCUGAAAAGGUCUUCCAGGAAAUAGAAGAGAGAGGAUUAGUUCCUGACCAGGUCACAUAUACUGCUAUCAUUGAUGGUUAUAUUAUGUUAGGUAGGGUGGAUCUUGCUUUUUCACUUUUGAGACAGAUGGUUAGUGCUGGAUGUAAGCCCAACUAUCGGACUUAUGGUGUUCUGAUGAAAGGAUUGCAGAAGAAGCACCAGCUGAUGGAACAGAAGCUUGCAGCUUUGCCGGAUGCAGUCUCAAGUUUCAGCAUGGAUGAAAAGGCUACAGACUAUGAAAUUAUAUCAUGUCUAUUAAUGAAAUUAUCAGAAUAUGGAUGUGAGCUAAAUAUUGGCAUCUAUAGCACUCUUCUAUGUGGAUUAUGCAGAGAAGGAAGGUGGUUUGAGGCAGAUCAGUUAGCUAAAAGUAUGAGUGACCAAGGAUUUUCUCUAGAUGAAGAGAUAUAUAAUUCUUUAGUACUUGUAUAUUCAAAUUAUAUUAAAGUGGAUCUUGCUUUAGAAACUUUAAAUACAAUGAUCGCACAAGGCUUUGAGCCACAGCUAAUCAGUUUUAAGACACUGAUUUGUGCUUUUUGCAAAGUUGGCAAGAUGGAGGAGGCCCAAAAUAUUUUUGAAAACAUGCUUCUGCAGCACUGGAAUCCUGAUGAGAUCGUAUGGACCAUCCUCAUUGAUGGAUUAUUAAAGGAUGGAAAAUUAGAUGUGUGCAUGAAAUUUCUUCAUGUCAUGGAAGCCAAAGAUUGUAAACCAACUUUUCAAACUUAUGUUAUCCUGGCAAGAGAAGUGUCCAAAGAAGAGAAGUGCAUUGAGAUGAGUUUAGUUGGUGAUGUACUGAGGCUCUGAGGACUACUUCCUAGGUUGUGAUUUCCUUUAUAAGAUGCCGAGGCGUUGGAAAUAUAGAGGAACCAAAAGAUGGGAAUCUGCCAAGAUGGAAGGCCACAGAUUGCUGAGCCUAUUUAUCCAUCAAUGCCAGCUGUGCUCUUUCUUUUUUAAGGGAAGCAUACAAUUUUUAAGCUGCAAUUAAUUCAGAUUCUUAACAUGUACUAACUGGCAGAAUGGAAAGAUGAUGGACUGAGCUCUUACCAAUCUGGUACUGAAAUGCUUGAAUGAGGAAGCAGGAGCAAAUUUGCUGUUGUAUUUACCAGAAAAGUUGACAUUUCAAGGAUCUGUUGGAACUUCCCUUCAUUCCUGUAGAAAGGGUCCUAGGAGGUUCGUAGGCUAUGAGGAAAGGACUAAAUUGAUGCAGCCUGAUGAAGGUAUAAACAGGAGAAGCUAUGACUUUUUUGUAAUUUAGAUAGAAACCUGGACAAUUAUUGAUGAAAGCAUGUUCUCUUUGGAGCAAGCAAGGCCUCAAAAGGGUCUAAAGAUGAAACGAGCGAGAGAGUCUGACAGGCAUAUGCCAAACAAUAGAAAGCAGUCAAAAUGUAAUCAGUUGUACUCAAAGGUAAAUCAGCAUCAGUCCCAAAGCUAAUAAACCGGCAACUUAGCUGAAAUUAUAGUAAUGCCUUUUUUCUUUUCUUUUCUUUUCUUUUCUUUUCCUUUUGUUUUGGUCACUGAUAAUUGUAUCGAAUAUCCCAUUAAUUGUAAAUAAAUUUUAUUUUUAAUAAUUCAAUUAUUACUUUGAGAUA